AGCGUCGCCGUUGCCAAAGAAGGACAAAGUAUAAAUACUGUGAGUUUACCGGUCUGAGCAAUGUAGUGUCUUACUGCACAAGUUCGCAGGUAUUUCUGGUCGGUAUUCGGAAUGGAGGUGCCUCAGAUCAAGAAUACCCGCUCGGCGAUUGAACGCGUGGAGAAGUUCAUAUCGGACGAAUUCUUUACCGACGUCAACAUAAAGGGAAAGCGUCGCUAUCUGGAGAAAAGGGACAUCACAGGGAUCAGUCACCUCGCAGCCCCGGGAAGAAUCACUUACGAUGAAGCUCUAGCGUCGACUGAUUGGGCGCCGGCUGUGAUAGGAGACUCGUUCGGACCAACAAAUCAGGCUCCAUCAUAUGGUAUUUUCAAGGCCAAUAUCGGUCUGAACGGUAAACCAGGUAACAUAAGGACUGAUUAUAUUCUGACUCAGAACCUGACAACAGGAUUACCCAGCCGCGUUAUUUACAUCGAGAUGGCGUGCAAUAACCUGUUUGGUGCCGGCGACGGUAAUGACAUUGCGCCGCCUGACCCGAAUCGCUACUACACUCUCGACAUGGCCGAGAUAUCUGUGUUCAAUCGACCGGCGUAUGACCUCGUGAUGGACUUUGAUGUGCUUCACGACAUCAUGAAAGUCUUCAGCUGGAGCACGCACUGGUUCAAGCUGACCAUCUCUUACCCCGCGGAAUGGGUGGGAAAUGAGAUACGUCUGCGAUGGAACACCAGCUCGGAGGGCAUGGUGUGGGAGGAAGGAGUGCCCAUGCAGGUAAGCAUGUUCCCGAUCAGAGAACUCAGGACUAUGAAACUGUUGACGUGGCUGUGGCCGUACGACGAGACAAAGCGUAAGUGUGCGCGCAGCUUUUCCACCGCUCUGCAACUGAUGCAGCUCUACCCCGAUAUGACGUUCGCUUGUUCACAGGCCCAGCAGUUGAAGUGGGUGAAGGAAAACUAUCCAGAGCUGUUUGUGAAGCUGCAGGAAGCAUCAAGCAUGGGCGGAAGGUUCCUCACUGUUGGGGGAACCUGGAUCGAGAUGGAUGGGAACGUACCGAGCGGGGAGUCGUUCAUCAGGCAGUUUGCGAUGGGACAGAAGUUCUUCGAGAAAGAGUUUGGCAAGAAAUGCACUGUGUUCUGGUUGCCGGAUACGUUCGGCUACUCCGCUCAGUUGCCGCAGAUUGUGAGGCUGGCUGGGAUCAAGAACUUCCUUUCUCAGAAAAUGAGCUGGAAUCUGGUGAACACGUUCCCUAAUAACAGUUUUUACUGGGAGGGGAUUGAUGGCUCAAGGGUGCUGACUCACUUCCCACCAGCCGAUACUUACGUGGCAGAAGCAUACCCUAGAGAGGUGGUCAAGUGCAGUGAGAAUAACAAGGAUAAAGGCAGAGCCGACUGCAGCAUCUUGCUUUAUGGUUUUGGUGAUGGAGGAGGCGGACCCACACAGAUAAAGAUGCUGAACAGAGCCUGUGAGAUGCUGCUGCAGCAGUGGGAGUUCCUGCAGGCGAUGCUGUCGGUGCAGCCGCGCAUCAGCCGCACCCAGGCGACCAGGGCGGUGCCGGCGAGCAGCGAGGCGUACUGGGAGAUACUGCUGCUCAACCAGUUCCACGACGUGUUGCCCGGCACGAGCAUAGAGAUGGUCUGCGUGGAAGCUGUGGAGAUGCUGACGAAGCUCCGUGACGAGCUCGCGCGUGACGUCGAGGUCAUGCGGCUGCAGCUGCUGAUGGCCGCGCCCGCGCCCGCGCCGCGCAUGCAGCCCGUCGUGAAGGUUUGCGGCCACAAGUGGGCGGAUAUGUCAGAGACCGGUGUCGGCGUGGCCCUGCUGAAUGACUGCAAGUAUGGCUACUCCUGCUACAAGAACGUGCUAAGACUGUCACUGCUGAGGGCUCCAAAGUCCCCGAAUGCCAACUCGGACAUAGGCAAGCACGAGUUCACCUAUGCCAUCAUGCCACACAAAGGUACGUUCCAGUCGGCCGGAGUUGUGCAGCAAGCCUACAACCUCAACUCGCCACUAGGUGUCGCCAGGGUUUCGGUCCCCGUCACCGCAAAAUCUUGGCUGUCUGUCGACAACCCAGCCGUGGUAUUGGAGACGGUGAAGAAGGACGAGAUGAAUCCUGAAGCCAUAAUUGUGAGGAUGUACGAGGCGUACGGGAGCACGGCGCACGCGACGAUCAAUGUCGGACUACCCGUGCAGAAGGUGUUCGAGUGUGACAUUUUUGAAAAGGAUGACAGCAGUGCCCCCUACGAGGUCAAAAACUCUACAUUCCAAGUAAAGCUGACACCGUUCCAAGUUAAGACUGUCAAGUGCUGGAUUAUGCGUUAAAGAAACAACUCGCACCAAAAACUGAAUUGCAUAAAAAAAACGUUAAAAAAAUGUAAAAUUCAACAUUAAUUUUGUCAACAGCAAGAUAAAAUCAUCUAAGAUAUUGCUUUAUCAGGGAAUGCUAAUUUUAUUAAUCAAUUAAUUAGCCUAAAUUUAUAAUUUCUGUUUUAAUAAUUAUGGGUGUUUCGGUCAUAUGGUAUGGUUUAAGCAUAUAUAAAAAAUAUGAUGGGGCGUGUUACGUGUGGUAUCACGAAAAUAUGACCGAUCCCCCUGUUAAUUAUCAUAUCUAUAUAGAAUGUUAUUUUUACAUACAAUCAUGCAAAAUUAAUGGUUCAUGUUGAACCAUAGAAUAAUUAAACUAUUCCGUGAAUAAUGAGCUAUUCUUGUAGAAUGGGAAGCUUCCUUUCUGACAUUGUCGCGCCAUGUAACGUAGUCAUUCUUUUUGUUGUUGGAUUCACGUGUUCCGGAACGUUGGUCACUAGUGACUGACGAACCUGGUCUCGUGGCGUUGUCUUAAACAACGGCAGAUGUCCGACAUACGUAACGUGAACAACAGCUGUUCGCAGUGCAUUACGUGAACAACGGCAGCUGUUUGACAUACUUUACGUGAACAACGGCAGCUGUUCGACAUACGUAACGUGAACAACAGCAGCUGUUCGACAUACGUAACGGACAUACGUAACGUGAACAAUGAUAGCUGUUCAAAGGUUACGUGAACAAUGAUAGCUGUUCUAAGGUUACGUGAACAAUGAUAGCUGUUCGAAGGUUACGUGAACAAUGAUAGCUGUUCUAAGGUUACGUGAACAAUGUGAGCAGCAGCCGUUCGACGUGCGUUACAUGACGUGCGGCUCACGUUGCCUUUCUGUGAUGUAAUGACGUGUUAUAACGUUCAGCUGAAAGCUACUCGUGUCUCUCACCACUUUGAAAUCAUGGAUGGUGACAUAGAUACACCAUGAAGCUGUGCAUGCCUUAGUAAUGUGCCUGCAGUAGAUGUGUGAACAGCUCUGGUUUCUACAUUUCUAUAGUUACCAACGUCUAUACGUGUGCCAAUUUCAAUUUUAGUACUCGUUGGGUGUGCAGUCUCUCCAACUUUAAAAUGCGAAUGGGUAGGCGCCAUAUUUGAUAAUUGUGUACCAACUAUCGUUGAUUGGUUGUUUUUACAAGCAAAUAAAUCAUGUUUAAUUAAUCA